CGAAAGGCGAACGCCAUUUUGUUUGUUUAUAUUUAUCUCGAGGGAAAUUUUUACUCUAUUAAGUUUUUAAUUUUUAGUAUUUUACAACUGGAUUUAUAGUCAAGCAAAGAUGAGCCCUGAUGUCAGCCACCUCAGUUCGGUUUUCCCGGUCCUCCUGGAGUCCCUCUUUAUGUCUUCCUCCCUGCUGGUGAUCCUCGUCGACUGGAACCACAGCUUCCUGGAGACCUCCCUCCUGAGGCUGAUCCAGAGUUACCUCCCUCAGUGGAGGAAGAGGAACAUCAGACAAGACGUCUACAUCUGUCUGUUUGGAUCAGCGCUGGCGUUAAUGUACAGCAACUCCAUGAAGAACUUCGCCAUCAACACAGAGAACUGUAGAAUUGCUGGGGCUGCUAUUGUAGUCCUGCUGUCGUUUUGGCUUCAGAGUGAAACAACUGUAGGAGAUGUCUCAGAUAAAUGUGUAGGAACCUCCAAAGUCUCUGUCUCUGACAAAUCAGUGGGCAGGUCCUCCGUUACCCUCAGGGACCAGGAGAGCACCGCCUCCACCUGCUGCAGGGCCAGGGCGCCUCGGUUUAUUCCACCCCUGCCCCCAGCCGCAGGACCUCAGUCUGAGGUGAACGUUGAGGAGGAGCUGAGGAUGAGGUAUGUGGAGGAGUUCAGGAAACAGGUGGAUGAGGAGGAGGUUACUCAGGAGGAGCUGAUCACAGCCAUAAACUACCUCAACACACUCAAGGGGGGUAUAGAAGCCAACAGAAGCUGUGACAAACUGAUUGAUGCAGUGGACCAUAUCCAGAGGAUGGGACAGAUGUCACGCCUGGAUGACUCCGGCCUCCCCCUGGAUUUCUCUUAUGAGGAACUCUGUGACAUCAUAGUAGAGGAGAAGGGCUAUCUACUGGAGGAUUUUGAGAGAGUGGUGGAAAAGUGGCUGGAAAACAACAGUUACCUCCCCUCUCCAGAGGAGUUUGCUGAAAUCCACCAUGACAUGAAAGGUAUAGUACAAUUAGAGAGGGAGAUGGAGGAGAAGGAUAGAGAGAUGGAGGAGAAGGAUAGAGAGAUGGAGGAGAAGGAUAGAGAGAUGGAGGAGACAACUGAGGCACUAGAGAGGACAAUGCGGGUGGUGGAGGAGACCACACAGGAAGUGAGGGAAUCCCAGCAGAAGAACGAGUCACUCAGACAGAGACUGAGGCAGAGAGAUCAGGCCCUACAGCAGAAUCAGCAGGCCCUCCAACAACAUCAGCAGGCCUUACAGCAGAGAGAUCAGGCCUUACAGCAGGAGAGGCAGCAAAGUCAGCAGGCCCUUCAACAGAAGGACCGCCUCCUUGAUCAAGAGAGAGAACGGGUGAGAGUGUUGGAGGAGAGAACUCAGUGUCUGCCUGAGGGAGUGUGGCAGAGGAGACUGAGGGAGAUGGAAGAUGAGAUUCGUCGACUGUCAGCCCAGUCUGAACGUGCGAAGUGUAAGAUCUGCCGCGUGGAGGAGGUACAGGUGUCGUUCACACCGUGUAACCACCUCAUCUCGUGUCAGGCUUGUGUGGACAGUCUACCAGAGAGAAAAUGCCCCAUGUGUAGGCAGCAAAUUCAGGGUACAGUCAAUGUGUUCUUUGCAUAA